AUGUUAAUUUGUAGUGGAACAUAUACGAAUAUAAAGGAAAAAAUGAAAAUUUACAAUUAUUAUUGUAGAGCUGUGUUACCUUUUGGAUCAAGAGACCAACAGAAUACAGAACUAGAGUAUGGCAUUCGUAAGGUAAUGGGUUCUCGGACUAAAAAGAUCACGAGAGUGAGAACCAUUAAAUCAUGUAAAUACUGCUACACACACAAAUUGAAAUGCGAUAAAGGUACGCCGUGUUCCAGGUGCCUCUCGAUGGAAAUGGCUAACGAAUGCACUUAUGGAUUCAAUCGAACUAAUGGUGCUACUCGGAGUGCUGCGCCACUAAGUAAGGUUGCAAAGGGAGGUGAGAAAAUGUGGAACGUUAUUGAUGAAAGCGCUCUUUAUAAAUCAAAGUACUUUUAUCCAUUUUUUACUAGCUCUAUAAAUGACAGAAUUUUGAGUGCGGAAGCAUACGGUAAGAUCGCGCUUUCGGAAAAUUUUGUCAGGAAUGAGAUUACAAACUUUGAUAGACUUGAUACAUGCAGAUUAUCCAGUGAAGAAAUUUUCAACUUGUUUCCGUCUGGUAAGUCGGUCGCAAGAGCCCAAGUUGAAAGCUUUUUUGAAAAUAUUCACCCCGUAAUACCUAUAAUUAGCAAACAAAAGUUGUUACUGAAAUUGGACAAUCUUUACAAAUAUUUGGAGUCUGACAAACAGGUAAGCGUAUUGGAUGUCUUGCUUCUUGCGGCCAUCUUCUUUUGCUCAGCAUACGCUAAUGUGGCAUCAGGCAUUAUACCCGAUUUAUUACUUUGCAAUAAGUACUAUGCUGCCUAUAAAAGCCUUUUAGAUGUGACCGGUUUCCCAAUGCGACCUAAUAUCGAACCGCUACAGGCAUUUGUGUUGGUGAAUUUUGUCACUGACCCCAAUAUGGUCGAAGCUACCGGUUAUUCGCCAAUGCUUGUUAGAGUAGGACAACAAUUGGGAUUACAUGAAUUGUCAAAGCCCUCCUUUAAGAAGAAUAAGGAAUCAGCAGACCUUAUCCUUCUAUGGCACUAUUUGUUGUUCAUAGAAGGAUCGUCAUCCGUUGUUUCUGGCUUUGCUUUCAGUACAACCCCAGAGGUGUUUCGGAUGGUUCCGCUCCCGGACGAGGAGACGAUUAGAGAUGAUAACUUUCCUAUUGAAUUUACCUUGGGGAGAUUUACAAUAAACGUACUGUUUAGAGAAAUCAUGGAUCUAACAUCGAGGGAAGCUGUGUCUGAAGCAGAACAUAAACUAGUCGUGAAACAUAUAGAGGAAAAGUACAUCGAGAUUAAUCGGCUUGUGGGAGAAAUACACGAAGCUGGAUUGUGUUACGAUGAGUACUUUACCAGCACAUUGCGAAUCUUUUUGUACCGGCUGCAUCUAAGAUACUUUGCUUUGGAUACACUAAGGAAUCAAAAAAAUAAAGUACUCGUUAGAACUAAUGGGGAAUUGGAACCCGUCGAGACAAAAAAUAUAACAUGGAUUCUUGAGACUACCCAAAACGUUAGGGAAGAAGUGUUGCCAUUAUCGUUGUUGCUGUUGCUUUACACACUAAAAAGGCUUGUACAGAAGGAUAUGAGCAAUUUCAUGUGGUAUACCAAGGGAUCUACUGUCAUGCAAUAUCUUUUUGUCGUGCUGAGGGAUUUAUAUCAAAACCCCAGAAAGGUGUAUUCUUUAUGGCAUUUCCCUAAUUUAUUCCGGUCGACGAUAGAUCACGAUAUCUCAGAUAUAAUCAAUACUGGACCGCUUUUCUACAAAUACAUGUUGAUUGAGGAAUUACUGAAGUUGCUUGAGUUUAAAUUGGCACCACUUUGGACCAAGAAUGACUUGUAUAAAUUUGUUCUUGUGAAGACGGUCAAGGAAAAGGUAUGGGCAACACAUAGCGAAUUCAUAGCAUCAUUAACUGCAGAGAGAAGACAGUUAAUUAAAUGUAAAUUGUUUUCGUCAGGGACUGAAAACUUGAAAAAUAGUAAGAGCAUUAGUUUUGAGGACUGUCUGGUCCAGUGGAAUAGCGAACCCCAGUCGUUUGAUCCUGGGAAAAUCCUCGUAGAGUGGCUAGAGGAAUUCCGUUGA